GUGUGUAAGGAACAGUCGGAGGGACUCGGCUGCUUUCACACAGACAGAGAAAGACAACCUCUAUACCCCCCCCCCCCACCCACACACACACACACACGAAUAAUACCUACCCGAAACAUGUCGGUUCAGGUGGUUACAGCCAAAAUGGCCGAGGUGGAACUCAAAGACCUGAAGGUGAAGGAGAUCGUCGCCGAGAAAGUCAAACCCGAGGCGAAAGCUCAGACAAAAGAAGCGGAGCCCGCGGUCACGGGCAUCACCAUGUCGGACGAAGCCAGGCAGCAUCUGCCGCCACUGCCGCGGCCGUCGUCGUCGGCGAUGGCACACAAGGACACCAGGUCGGCCAUGAAGCGGACCGAACCGGCCGAGAACGGAGACGCCUUCAACCCGGACGGCACCGUCAUGGAGGCGCCGCGCACCGUGAAGAAGCAGAUCCAAUUUGCAGACCAAAAACAAGAAUUCAACAAACGUCCAACUAAAAUAGGUCGUCGUUCACUUUCUCGCUCAAUCUCCCAAUCCUCAACAGACAGCUACAGCUCAGCGGCAUCCUACACAGAUAGCUCAGAUGAUGAAACCUCACCACGUGACAAACAGCAGAAGAACUCGAAGGGCAAUGGAGAUUUCUGCAUCAAGAAUAUCAAACAGGCAGACUUUGGACGCAGAGAGGUUGAAAUUGCUGAGCAAGAAAUGCCAGCUCUGAUGGCUCUGAGGAAGCGAGCCCAGGGAGAAAAACCAUUGGCUGGAGCUAAGAUAGUUGGCUGCACUCACAUUACAGCCCAGACUGCGGUGCUGAUGGAGACUCUUGCUGCCCUUGGAGCACAGUGCCGGUGGGCUGCCUGCAAUAUCUAUUCCACACAAAACGAAGUAGCUGCUGCUCUGGCUGAAAACUCUUAUUCAGUCUUUGCCUGGAAAGGAGAAUCCGAAGACGAUUUCUGGUGGUGCAUUGAUCGUUGUGUGAAUGUAGAAGGAUGGCAGCCUAACAUGAUUCUUGAUGAUGGCGGGGAUCUUACCCACUGGAUUUACAAGAAAUAUCCCAACAUGUUUAAGAAGAUCAAAGGCAUAGUGGAAGAAAGUGUAACUGGUGUCCAUAGACUUUACCAGUUGUCCAAAGCUGGAAAGCUGUGUGUCCCAGCCAUGAAUGUGAACGAUUCUGUGACCAAGCAGAAGUUUGACAAUCUCUAUUGCUGCAGAGAAUCUAUAUUGGACGGCUUGAAGAGAACAACAGAUGUGAUGUUUGGUGGAAAACAAGUCGUAGUUUGCGGUUAUGGGGAGGUUGGCAAGGGGUGCUGUGCUGCCCUAAAGGCAAUGGGAUCCAUAGUGUAUGUCACAGAGAUUGACCCGAUCUGUGCUCUGCAAGCCUGUAUGGAUGGAUUCAGACUUGUCAAAUUGAAUGAAGUCAUAAGACAAGCUGAUAUUGUCAUAACUUGCACAGGUAACAAAAACGUAGUGACCAGGGAACACCUGGAUCGCAUGAAAAACGGUUGCAUUGUCUGCAAUAUGGGACAUUCCAACACUGAGAUUGAUGUGGCUAGCCUUCGAACCCCGGAGCUCACCUGGGAGCGUGUGAGAUCACAAGUGGAUCAUGUAAUCUGGCCAGAUGGAAAAAGGAUUGUGUUGCUGGCUGAGGGGCGACUGCUUAACUUGAGCUGUUCCACAGUUCCUACAUUUGUGUUGUCUAUCACUGCCACUACACAGGCGCUGGCAAUGAUAGAGCUGUACAAUGCCCCUGAGGGUCGGUACAAACAAGAUGUCUAUUUGCUGCCUAAAAAGAUGGAUGAAUAUGUGGCGAGUCUUCAUCUGCCCACAUUCGAUGCACAUCUCACGGAAUUGUCAGAUGAACAGGCAAAGUAUCUGGGUUUGAAUAAGAAUGGUCCUUUCAAGCCAAACUAUUAUCGGUAUUAAAUGCAAAGAGCAGAACAAGAGGAAAGCCUUUCAUCACUACUGUACAGGAUCAAAACCUCUGAUUUGGAGCUGGCCUUGAUUAAGUAGUUUUAAAUGUUAGUCAUUUAUUUAUUUAAAUGUAUAAACCACGGCUGAUGGGUUCUAUUGUACUAGAAGAUGAAAAAUAAUUCAAGUUUUUUUUCUUCUAAUGCUGUAGUUUUUUUCUCAAACCAAUCCUUUAGUGUCAUUCUAGGUGUUAACCAACUAGAGGAAACCAUAGAAAAAUAAUCAAACCUUCAGCUGAUUUUAAAGUUUAAGGUGCACAUAUUCCAGUCUUAUUUUGGUUAGUUUUUUUAAUUUGUAUUUUUCAAGGAAAUGGGGGGAGGGCAAGAAGCAGUUAAAUAAUUCAGACUUGAGAUUUCAAAUGGUUUUAUGUAAUUCUUUAGAGCUUCAAAAAUAGUUGUGUGGGACUAAGAGCAAAUGAAUUGCUCGUCAAAUAUAAUUUUGCAGCAUUUAAUUUGGGGAUUUAACUGCUUGGAGAUUGAAGUGUAGAAUUGGGUCUAGAAGAUGAGGUGCUGAAUUGGUGUUGUUGGAUAAUAUAGCAAUUACGAUUCAUUCUUUACAAGACUGCUCUUCUGGACUUGUAUCCCAUUCUUGCCUUGAAACUCAGUCUCACUCAUUGCAAACAUGAGUUCCCUUUGUCCUGCACUGUACACUGGAACACUAGCUUCCCAUCAGUGGAACAUCUUAACCCUGGAACAUGGGAAGUUAAACAUUGGAUAUCAAAUAUAUUUUGCAGCCAAUUCAUCUGCUUUUAUUUCUCUUUGUUUAAAUGGGUCCAUGCUUACUUUGUAGAACUAGAUCUGGCUUACCUCUUCAGAAACAGGAAGCUGUAUUUUAAUUCAACCAUUUUUAAAUAUGGGAUGGAAAGAAAGGAAAAAGCAGUCCAUUUCUUCAUAAUCAUUUGGUGUAUAAGUUUGGUAACUAUGAAAGAUGGUAUGUCAUGUUUUAUUUCAGAGUGUUUGUAAGUUUUCUCCUCGUCGAGCCUUCAAAAUGGUACUUAUUAGAACAAAUGUAAACUGUUAACUCACCCCUACCAAUAUUUUGUCAGGAUACAUUAGGACAAGCAAACACACACUGCACUGUUUAAAUAAAAGAUUUGCAUUAUCUGUUUAGGGUUCCAAAAAAAAGUCUUGGUCCCAUGUAUUCUUUUUUAAUUGUCAGCGUCCUCCUCAUACUAAGAUUGAGAUGCCCAAAAAUACUGAAACAUUGGGAAAUCCAUACAAAGUAACAGCUUCUCUGUAAUUGUGAUGUUGACAGAAGGCCCCACAAAGCUUUCAGAUCUCUGCUCUAUACAAUAGUUCAUAUUUCCCUACCAGGGGAAAUGUUCAGAUCUUGGAAAUGGCAUUGUACUGCAAUUGGGUGUCUCCAGUGUCUUGACAAGACAUGACUCAAGUAUACGUCAAAUAGGUUGAACUGCUUUGGCAUGAAAGAGGAUUGGACUGGGUCUUGUUGCUAACAGGAAACUGGUGAGAAUCCUAUUAUUGUAGAUGGGGUUGAGCUACCACAUACCUUUCUUCCCAAAUUGGGAGUAAUUUGAGAUACUCCAAGACCUCAGUAUUCUCGUAACCAAAAACUUCCACCAGUACCAAUUGAUCCCGUGAUAGAUUGUACUGGGGUAAUCAGUUCACACAACAACACAUCUCCAACUUGUGCCUUGGAGAUAGGGCUAUGACCCUGGCAACAUGCCUAAUAACUUUAGGGACUGUUAUACUUUGGGGAGACUUGACUCUAUGUGAUCCUUUUCUUGAGCUGGCUGGAGUUAAACUUGUGGCAACAAUCUCACAGGUAUCUGUUGUCCCGUCUGUCAGGCCUCUGCCUUACACAUGAAGGGCCAAUCCUAGGGAACAGUUCUCUCAGUGGGGUUGGCAGAAUUUAAAAGCAUACUUGCAUGAAUAGGGAUGCAUAUUGAGUGCAAACGGAUCUAGGUCCAGUGGAGGUCAGUGGCACGUCUACGGGCUUGAAGUUUGGUUAAUGUAUUAAUAAUAUAAUGUGGGUGAACACUUGCAGAUUCCGAUUAUAUGGCAAAUUACUGUCUGAACAAACAAAUAUCAUAAUCUUUCACUCUGUCUGUAAAGUGGGAUCUUGUCACAAUUUUGAUUGAUGAAAUGGUCAUUAGGUCACAGAUUGAAUAUUGGGUUACUCCAGAUUACUUACAUUUGAAAUUAUUUUGUAAAUGAGUCCUGGCAUCUGGACUGUCUGCUUCCCUCACUCCCUCCCAACCCCCCACCCACCCCUUUCAUUUGUUGCCUCUAACAUUGUUCAAUAUCCCUUGUAGGUACAGAAUCCCAAGUAUGAAGAAUAAGAUUACUUUGUAGGAUCUUCAUUCUUCAAAUCAGGAUGAUUUGACAAUUAGAGAGCCACUUAUGUGUGUGUGUGUAUGUAUAUAUAUAUAUAUAUAAUGCCGAGUCUGAGCUAGGCAAUUGGCUGCCACAUUUCGCCCACAAAUAAUAGUCAAUUCACUUUACAGUAUGUUCUGUCAAGCACUUUGAGACGUCUAGAAGACGUGAAAAGCGCUAUAUCAAAUGCAAAGAUUAUUAUAAGUGGGGUGGUUUCUCCUGUUAUUAUUUACACUGCCAUUUCAACCAUCUUUGAGGGAAGCUUUCCCUUUUGGUAGAUUCCCCAGUGUUUCAGUAUUGGUGUGAACCUCAAUCUCGUGUAGUUUGGAAGAUUCCCUCAUUUUGAAGAACGAAGAACAUCCUACAAGGUAUGUAAUCUUCCUUUUCCAUGCGCUGCUACUUUUUCUCCAACUCGAUGCUUCUCACACAAUCACAGCGAGUUAUAACAGUUCAUAUUUUCUAAUUUUUAGUUGUGGGAGGGGAGAGAAGCUUGUAAUUAUAUGAUGAAUAAAGUUUGAGAAAGAUAACACCAGCAACCUGUUCAACAGAGCAGAGGAAUAGACUUUUAAGGGAAAAAUAAUAAAUCAGUUAUUUACCUACACAAACUGACAGUUUUGAAUUGAGAAACAUUUUAAAGUACUGUAUUAAUGGUCAAGUAUUGUAGUAGAUGAGCAAUAAUGAAUCUGUAAUCUUAAGAAAAACACAAAUAAAGUGUUGAAUCAUU